CUGCAGGUUAGCGGAAAACGAGUGGGUAUUGUUGGCUUGGGAAGUAUUGGAUCCGAGAUCGUGAAAAGGCUCGACGCCUUCGGCUGCACAAUCAUGUACAAUUCAAGAUCGAAAAAGCCGUCCGUCCCAUACAAAUACUUCCCAAACACUCACGACCUCGCCGUCGAGAGCGAUAAACUCUCCUGCGCGCUUACCCCUCAAACACACCACAUACACCACAUAAUAAACCGAGACGUCUUACUAGCCCUGGGCAGGGACGGCGCGGUGGUGCUCGUCGGCGAGAAGGAAUUGGUCAAGUGUUUGGUGGAAGGGACGCUUGGGGCCGCGGGUCUCAACGUGUUCGAGAACAAGCCCGCCGUGCCCAAAGAGCUGUUCCAGAUGGAUAGCAUUGUGAUGUCGAAUCAUUCGUUUUGAGCAAACCACUGGUCGCUCAGGUUUACUUGGAAAAUAUAGUUGAUGAAUGAAGUUGGCUUGAUCCCAAUGACUAAGUUGGGGAUUGUGUUUUGAAUAAGUGCUGAUGUGAUUUAUUGGCAUUGAAAGCAUUCUUUGCACUAAUGGUGCAACGGUGAUCUCAAAAGUUACAAAGUCAAAGUAGCAAACCAACUAUUUGUGCGGAGUUGUAUACAUUGUUGAUAC